AUGGAGCGAGUUCGUGUCCAUUGCGUCAGCUCCGCGGUUGCUGUGAACGAUCAACUGGAGACGAGGAGGAGCCGCGUCUUGGCUGUAGAUGGAGUGGUCACGUACGCAAACGUUUGCUUGGAGUCGGUGCUGGUGGUCUACGUCAUCGCCUACACCAACACGAACACGGCUACCAACACAGCUUCAAACACAUACGUGAAUACGAGCGGCGACGUCAUCACGAACGGCCGGAGCAACACCAGUAACGCCACAUACACCACCAACGACACGGCAAAGAACGACCGGAAUUCAAACUUCAAGUUGGUGUACAACACCCCAAACGUAAUCUUGGUGCGGCACUUGCUCAAUUGGACUUCCGACCGGCGCGGAGGACAGAACCACCAGCACCACGAGCGUUCGUGGGAGCAGUGUCGUCGUGGUGGGUACUGUAUUACAGCCUCGGCCUUGAUUGAACGGACCUUGGCGUAG